CUGGUGAGAUAUAUAGCUUUUAGGAUGUUCAUUAUUAUUAUUGGCCAGCAGAGCAGUUGGAAAGGCAACAUGUCCUUUAAUGAAUCAAAAAGCUGAAACAUACACUGUUCCUCUCUUUACUUGACCUUUUUGUUUUCAAAUGCCACAUUACUUUAACCUUCUCUCUUUUUUCUCACACCACCAACUAACCAACCUAAACCAAACCCUACUUUCUUUCCUUUUUGUCCCAGCAUCUUCCAUUCACAUAAAACACCAAAACCACACACACACUUCACAAUACGAUUCCAUGGCCAACGCAUCCAAACAACAAAAACUUCUCCAUAACCACCACCCUCUGAUUCCUGGUCUUCCUGAUCACAUAGCACAACUCUGUCUCUCUUCAGUUAACCCUUCUCUUCUCUUCACAAUCUGCCACUCAUGGCGCCGCCUUAUAUAUUCACCUUCCUUCCCUCCUUUUCUCUCUCUCUACGCCAUUCUCUCACCACCACCUCAACCACCACGACCACCACACUCUCCACCACACUCAAUUCAAUUCUACAAUUUUGAUCCAAUCUCAACAACCUGGAAAAUCCUCCCUCCACCGCCACCGGACCCACCACUCCACCACCUCCUCCUCCGCCACCCUUCCUUCCUUUCUAGAAACUUCCCGAUCCAAUCAAUCUCCGUAGCCGGAAAACUCAUCCUCCUCGCCGCCACCACCCACAACCUCUACCCUGCACUCUCUCGCCCCUUGAUCUUCAACCCCCUCUCUCAAACAUGGACCUCUGGCCCCACCAUAACAACCCCGAGACGGUGGUGCGCGUUAGGCGCGUGCGGGGGAGAAGUCUACGUGGCAAGCGGGAUCGGGACACAGUUCUCUGUCGACGUGGCACGGUCGUUGGAGAAGUGGGACCCGAAGAAUGGGGAGUGGGAGAAGAAAAGGGAACUGAAAGAUGGAAGGUUUAGCAGAGAAGCUAUUGAUGCUGUUGGGUGGAAGGGGAAGCUUUGCAUGGUGAAUGUGAAAGGUGAUGCUGCGAAAGAAGGGGUUGUUUACGAUGUGGAUGAGGAUGUGUGGAAGGAGAUGCCGGAGGGAAUGUUGUGUGGGUGGAGGGGACCGGUGGCGGCGAUGGAGGAGGAGGUGAUGUAUGUGGUGGAUGAAGGGAAGGGUGUUUUGAGCAAGUAUGUUGCGGAACGAGAUGCUUGGGAGGAGGUUAUGGUUUCUGAGAGGCUUAAAGGUGCUGAGCAAAUGGUUGCUCGACGAGGCAUGGUUUGUGUUGUUUCUGGUGGUGGUGGGAUUUCAAUGGUGGAUGUCGUGGCGGCGCCGCCUAGACUCUGGGUGGUUGAUUUGCCACAAGGGUUUCAAGCGGUGGCUGUUCAUAUCUUGCCCAGGAUGCCGAUAACUGAUUUUUCUAUCCAUGGUUGAUUUUUUUUUUUUUUUUUUUUUUUUUUGAAGUUCGGAAGAUGGAAUAAUGAACUCUUGUUUUCUUUUGUUUUGGUGACUUGUCCUUGAAACUUUAAAGUAUUGCUGAAAGUGAAAAUUUGUCUGCUAGCUAGUGUGCUGAAAGAAUACAUAUAGAUAGAUGGAGAAGUGUGUGGCUGAAUUUUUUUUAAUUUUAUAAAUAUUUUGGUAAGUAUGUAAUGUGGUGUAAAUGAAGAGGAUAGGGCUGGCAUUGACAAUAGCAAUCUUUUUUGACGGGCUUGAAAUGCGCCCUUUCUUGACCGGCAAUUACAUCAGGCUCAAGCAUUGAUAUGGGAAUACACGUGGCAAUUUGGCAAUUUGAGGUGAAGGGUGGAUGUAUGCUA